GCGCUGCCGUGGACCCGGUGGCUUUACCCCUCGGCCUCAGAGACUCAGCCGUGGCGCACGCCCCCGGGUUGGAGCUGCUUUCUCCGGCCUUCUCAUCUGCUGCUCACCCGUGUUGGUAGGGAAAGGCCCAGGAAAUGACUGCUGUCCCAUUGUGCAGGAAACUGAGACUCAUAAGUAAGGAGGAGACUGGACUAGGAACGCACAGCGAGGUCAGAGCAGACCAAGAAGCAUUCAGAAGCCAAGUCAUGGAUCCACCUGCCCGGAAAGAAAAAUCCAAAGUUAAAGAACCUGCCUUCAGAGUGGAGAAGGCUAAGCAGAAAUCUGCCCAGCAGGAGCUGAAGCAAAGACAAAGAGCAGAGAUCUAUGCGCUCAACAGGGUCAUGACAGAACUGGAGCAGCAGCAGUUUGACGAGUUCUGUAAGCAAAUGCAGCCCCCUGGGGAGUGAUGCACAGGCCCUGGAACCUCACAGAACUAAACAAGCCUUGUGGAGAACUCUGCACUGAACUUCCUGUAGGUAACUUCACCACACUGGUUCCUCCUCUCAGAACUGGCCCAGCGCUUGCUGGGUAGACUUCUCAUCUGGAACAGCAGAUUUUUUUAAAAGGCCUUUUUUCUACUGUGUGAGAAAAAUCAUUGUUUCUAGUGAAACUGUGUCUUCACUAAAAAUAAUAAAAUACAAAAUGUU